CCCCGUUCUGUUCUUUCGGUGGACGCGGGAUGUGUCACUGACUCCCUCGGGGACCGUGGAGGAGAAUGCCACUGAUCCGCCCAACCCUGUAGGGCCACAGCGCGAGCUUCCCACCUCCGUUUGUUGACUCACUCGCCGGGCGGCGAUGCUUUUUUAAAAGGAAGAGAGAACGGGAAUAUACACACACAGCACCACUCUAGUUCAAGAUGGCGGACAAGGACAGCGUGGAGAAGUACCUGGAGAACAACCCGCAGUUCGCCAAAGAGUACUUUGACAAGAAGCUGCGCGCCGAAGGGCUGGCCGCUGCCUUCUCGGCGCCCCUCGACGUCAAAGACACCGCUUCCUUCAAGGACGUUAACUCCGUGCAGGAGGCUGCCGUCAUCUUCGAGCUGGUGCAGGAGCUGCAGAAGCAGGGGAGGAUGGAGGAGUCCCUGCACAAAGUGAUGCAGAGAGUCGCCCUGAUCCUGCAGGCCGACAGGGUCGGUUUUUACAUAAACCGGGCGAGGAACGGAAUACCCGAGCUCUCCUCUUGCCUCUUCGACGUGACUCCAACAUCCAAAUUCGAGAUAAACCUGGUGGACCCGCAGAGCGAGAUUGUGUUCCCGCUCGACAUGGGUAUCGUCGGUUUUACCGCCAAUUCCAAAAAGGCCCUAAACAUACCCGACGUCUCCAAGAAUCCAAAGUUCUCCGACUUUGUUGACAAACAGACUGGAUACAAAACUAAAUGCAUGCUCACUUUCCCUCUGAUGGCUGAUAAAGAGUGCCUUGGAGUUGUCAUGGCACUAAACAAAAUAGGAGCUGACUCGUUCACUGCAGAGGAUGAGAAGCUCUUCCACAAGUACAUGAACUUUGCCCAAGUCAUCACCCUGCAGCAUUACACAUCCUACAUGUUCAACGUGGAGUCCAGGAGGAGUCAGGUGCUUCUCUGGUCGGCCAGUAAAGUGUUUGAGGAGUUGACGGACAUUGAGAGACAGUUCCACAAAGCGCUGUACACCGUGAGGAUCUACCUAAAUUGCGAACGAUACUCAGUGGGCCUGUUGGACAUGACCAAAGAAAAGGAAUUCUAUGAUGAAUGGCCGGUGAAACUGGGAGAUGUGGAACCUUAUAAAGGACCAAAAACGCCAGAUGGCAGGGAAAUCAUCUUUUACAAGAUCAUCGACUACCUCCUGGAAAGCAAAGAAGAAAUCAAAGUCAUCCCUGGUCCGCCUGCAGAUCACUGGGCUCUAGUUAGCGGCCUACCGACAUAUGUUGCAGAGAAUGGCUUCAUUUGCAACAUGAUGAAUGUGGCUGCAGAUGAUUUCUUCAGUUUCCAGAAAGAGGCUGUGGAUGACACAGGUUUCGUCAUCAAGAACGUUUUAUCGCUGCCCAUCGUCAACAAGAAGGAAGAAAUCGUGGGCAUCGCCACCUUCUUCAACAGGAAAGACGGCAAGCCGUUUGAUGAGCACGACGAACAGAUCACCGAGGCCCUGACGCAGUUCUUGGGCUGGUCGGUGCUGGUUUGCGACACGUACGACAGGCUGAACCGCAUGGAGUACCGGAAAGACAUCGCCGAGGAGAUGCUCUUGUACCAGACCAUGUGCACCAAAACCGAGUUGCAGGACAUUCUGAACACCAAGGAGAAGUUUGACGCCGAGCCUGAAGAUUGUGAACAGAAAGAUAUGUACAAACUGUUGAGAGCAUCGUGCCCACCAGCUGACAACGUCAACGGAGAGAAUCUGUACCUGUUCUCCUUCAGUGACUUCCCCGUCUCCGAGUUGGACCUCAUCAAAUGCGGCAUUCGCAUGUUCUUUGAGCUCGGAGUGGUUGAGAAGUUUAAAGUUCCCGCAGAGACGCUGACCAAGUGGAUGUACACAGUGAGGAAGGGUUACCGCAGCAUCACGUACCACAACUGGAGGCACGGCUUCAAUGUGGGCCACACCAUGUUCUGCCUGCUGCAGACAGGGAGGCUGAGGAAGUACUACUCCGAUCUAGAUGCCUUUGCCAUGGUGGCAGCUGCUUUCUGCCACGAUAUCGACCACAGAGGAACCAACAACCUCUACCAGACAAAGAGCGCAUCUCCUCUGGCUAAACUUCACGGCUCCUCCAUCAUGGAGAGGCACCAUUUGGAGUACAGCAAGACGCUCAUGGCUGAGGAGACCUUGAACAUCUUCUGCAACCUCCAGAAGCAGCAGUUCAAGAAUGUGCAGCACUUGUUCGAUGUCUGCAUCAUUGCCACUGAUCUGGCCCUUUACUUCAAAAAGAGAACCAUGUUCCAAAACAUUGUAAAUGCCACAGAGCCAAUGCCAGACGAAAAAGAGGCCAUUGCCUACAUUUCCAACAACUCCACCAGGAAGGAAAUCGUGAUGGCCAUGAUGAUGACAGGUUGCGACUUGUCAGCUAUCACCAAACCCUGGGAGGUGCAGAGCAAGGUGGCUCUGAUGGUAGCUGCUGAAUUUUGGGAACAAGGAGACCUGGAGAGAAGUGUCUUGGACCAACAACCAAUUCCAAUGAUGGACAGAAACUGUGCCGAACAGUUACCCAAGAUGCAGUGUGGUUUCAUCGACUUCGUAUGCUCAUUUGUGUACAAGGAGUUCUCAAGGUUCCACAAAGAAAUCACACCCAUGUUUGAUGGUCUGAACCACAACCGGGCACAAUGGAACGCGCAGGCGGAGGUGUACAACGCAAAGAUGAAGCUCAUUGAGGAUGAGAAGAAGAAACUGGAAGAGGACGAAGCCAAGAAAGCCGGUGGAGAUGCAAAGUCAAAGACCUGCACCAUCUGCUAAGUUCCUACGGUUCCGGGAUCUAGACUGACGCGGUCUGGUUAGAACUAAUCUAGCCUGUUCUGGUCUGACUAACUAGUCUAGUCGGAGCUUGACUGGGCCAGCCUGGUCUGGUCUGAUCUACACCAGAGUAGUUGUCUCUGGUUGGGCGCUGUCAGCUCUGGUGCAGUCCAGUCCAGCCCUGCUUGGUCUGGUCUGGCUCAGCGUAGCCUUCUUUAGCCUAGCGUAUUCAGGUCGGGUCUCUGGUCGGGUCUGUCAGUCAGCCUCACUGUUCUCCGAGGAGGGGAAGAGUCAGCGACGUUCACCAAGAAGUGAUGCUGGGACUGCAAGAGGAACAACCGGUUUGACUCAGCAGAUGUGAUGUGUUUGAGACGCCCCCCCCCCUUCAAGGCAACCAAGAACUUAAAAAUAAUGUAUACACACGGACGAAGUGUAUUCCUCUUUAAUAUAAUCGAUAGCAAUAAUCAACACAUUCGUGACAUGUAUGGUUUGGAACUACGGUUGGAUAAGAAGCUGCAAGUAAACGUUCAAGUCAAAUCUGUAAACUAGGAGACAGGAUAUGAUGCAUGUGGUGUGUAUGCAUGCCAAAAUAAUAGUUGUCACACAGUGCUCCCUUUGGCUGUCAUUAACCACAGGUUACAGUAGCACCGUAGGUUGCACAACGCACUUUUGGCAGUGGCAGGCCAUGAGUGGAGGGCCGGCCGGCCGGCCGGCAGGGGCAACGACCUCGUAACUUUAUACUCACUGGGAUCAGAGGAAUGGGUUUAAUAUUCUGUUCAUAUUUAACGUAGCACGAGUUGUGGGAUGAAUUCCUCAAACACAAGAGCAGAGAUCUGCAAUCCGAAGGAUCUUUUAGUGCUGUAAAACAAACCAACAGCUGAUCUUCUCAUACCUCGAAAAGGCGCUGAUGAGCUGUGUAUUUAUUUUAAUAUGCAAUCAAUCUAUAUGCAUAUAUUUUUGGGGGGAUUCUUUGUCUGACAAUUUUGUACUUGAGCUGUCUUCACACAUGGAGAGUUUGAGAUGAUUUUUGUGACAUUCUGAAUCUGUGAGUAAAUGCACGCUAAAAUCCAAAUCGGGCGUCUGGAAAGUGUAUCCACUUUGCACAACUAUGGCGCCAGCUUUGUAAAAACACCUGUAAGCUGUUGUCCAACAGGUCCAACCAACGCCUGAAAAAAACAUGCAUAAUAUUUAAACCUGUGUUUAUAGCCAUAUCCAUUCAAGAAAUAUAACCUCCUUUAAAUGUGCACAUGUAUAUAGUCAAUUACAUAGGAAUUGUAAAUUGUGUAAACUUGAGAAUAACUGAAGUGUAAAACUAAUUUGGAUCAAAGUCAGUCAAACGGGGGACCGUAGAUCUGCCUCUCCUGUAAGAAGAUUGGAUAGGAUUUGAUUGCGGGCCAGUGUUUGAGAUCCACACAGCUUUAGACUUUAAAUACCCUUCUUACAGAGGAGGAAAGCCGGCUACCAAAGCCUUGUACGCAUGUGCAGACCAUUUGUGUUAAAAAAAAAAAAAAGUACGUCAGAUGCAGAUCCAUAGCAACGUCGAUUGAAUGGUGAUACGGGCCAAAGUUCUCUGCUUCUUUCGUCACUGAUGCAAUGGUGUGAGGAAUCACGCAAUGACUGCUGUUAGAUGUCGAAUCGGUGUGAAUCUCCCUGUAAAGCUGUUUUGAACUGGAUCGGUCACCUGAGUUGACAGUGCAUUCCACAGUGCGCCCUCCGGAGCACUCGGCCAACCGGGGGUUAAAGGCGAGCCGUUGCAUAAUGUCAUCUCAACUUAAUCCAAUCAGAAUGGCUUUGGGACUACCUAGAAACUCCUUUUCUGCUGCUGGAGGUGAAGUGAGGAGCUGUGGCGGUCACUGGAGACCUGCUUGUGCAGAAACAUUCACUAAAAGCAAAAACGUUUUCACUAUUCAACCAUAAAUUUACCUCAAUGUUCCUGCAGCACACUUCUUCCUCCAGUGAUCCAAAUAGCCUCUCCCUUUAAGGGUCCUUUGUCAAAUACCAAAUAACGCUCCAAUUGUCACAUCAACUGUCUUUUACAAAUAAGACAUCCAACAUUUGAAAUAUGAGAGAACGUCUACUGUAUGUAUGUAUCAUGAAAUGUAAUAUGUGUAAGCAAAUAAAGGAAUUUAUGGAAGAGUAAAUAUAAA